AUCUGGUUGUUGCUUCUUCAUUUUCAGUUCAGUUCUUCUGAAUUCACAUUCCUCGUUCACUCUCUCUUUGCAUUUUUUAUUUUUUCGCAAUGCGCAAUAGAACAACAAAAAAAGCAGAAUCUUCCAACGCUUCUUCUUCUGAGCGUCGAAACUGGGAAAACAUCUUCAACUUGUUGGUUCAGAUGGUGAGAAACCAGCAAAACCAGCUUCAGUCCCUCGCCAAACAACACAAAUUUCUCGAAGAUCGCUUGCAAAUGCAGCACGAAAGAUGGGCCUCCGAUAUUCGCCUUCACAAGGAUCAAAUUUCCCAGAUGAAGGGGAUUUUGAUGUUUGAGGAGAAGAAGCGGUUGCUCGAGACGGCGAAGGCGGAUUUGACGCUGGGUUCCAAGCACAGAGAGGCUUCUAUUUUCAAAUGGAUUUUGGAGCUUACAGAGGACGAGUUGGCGGAUUUUAAAGCUAUUUUUGAAUGCCUUUCGCGUGAAUCCUCUAAUGGAGAAGACCAAGGAACAAUAUCUAAGGAUACUGACAAGAGGAAGAAAGGAACCACAGAUAGUGGGAACAAGUCCACUUGGAAUGGUGCAGAAAAAGAGAAGUGUUCCAACGAUAUUGAAGAUGAAUUAAGAAGGUUAAAAGGCGAACGUGAGAAGGUUGCUUUAGAAAAAAGUUCUGAGGUAUCGUCACUCUUGGCAGAAAAUACAUUUGUGUGGAAUCAAUAUAAUUUAAUGGAGAAGGACUACACAAAUAAAUUAAGGAGUAAACAAGCUGAAGUAGAAAAAGCAAAAGAGAAGAUAACUAUACUUGUUUCCAGCAUGGAGCUACUGCAGUGUGAAAAUAAUAAAAAGGAUAGUACAAUUUCACAGUUACAAAGUAAAGUGGCUGAUAUGGAGGCUGAGACAAAAAGAUUAAACAAAGAAAUAUCAGGACUUUCAGUGGAGUUAGAAUCUUUAAGAAAGUUCAGGAACAACCAAGUUACACCUGUUUUAAAUCAUUGCACGGAAGGAACUAAAGCAUCUGAAUCGGGAAUCAUUACGAGCAGUAGAAGUAGAAGAAAUAUCACCUUGAAGAAAGAAAUAUGUACUCCUGAUGCCCCUGCUCCUGUAAAAUCCUCUGAAAAGGGAAAUAAAAGCCUGAAGAGGAAAGAAGCCCCAGUUAUUCCCCCCUCAGAGACUCCAAAACUGUUCUCUUCCAGCUUCAAGGUUCCAAAACUGAAGCCCUCUUUAAGGGUCAGAUGACAGAUGACGUCUUUCUGUUAAUUUUUAGCCUACUAGGAGAUGGUAGGCCCUGUAUCUGUAUAUGGUUUUUGUAUGAUGCUCUUUUUAUGUAAAUUAUGUAUGAGCUGUAUUUGUGUUUGGAAUAGGUCCGUGCACAGUUCUUCUAAUUAAC